AAACUUCGCGCAUGCGUUCUCGAUCUGGGCCAUUAUUUUGUCCUCCUCAAGCUUCAAUUGAACAACGGGCUAAGCGCUUCUUGAAAUGAAUUAAUUAUUAAUUCACGGAAAGAGCUAUUUUUCCCCUCUGUUUCGGACCACCGAUACUCAUGGAGUCUCUCGGUCAGUAGCUCGGCUGCUCAGUCCUCCGUUUUACCCGGAGGCCGAAAACAGUGCGCGGAGUGACAGCCCCGUUAAAGCCAGGAGACUGGGUGUUUAUCUAGUUGGCUAGCCAGCCUAGCUAGCUUCCUAGACAGCUACGAGGGGAGGAAAAACCCGAAAGGACAAUUUAUUGACUAUUGGAAGACAGGACUGUGGCCGUCCCUCUCCCGUCCAACCAGCCGAGGGGAUGGCACACCUUCGAGACAUGCAGAACCAGAAUACUCGGUUGGACCCUGAGGAGUACUUCACCAAGCAGGAGCGGAUCGGCAAGGGUUCGUUUGGAGAGGUCUACAAAGGCAUCAACAACCGCACAAAGGAGGUGGUGGCCAUUAAAAUUAUAGACCUGGAGGAGGCAGAGGAUGAGAUAGAAGACAUUCAGCAGGAGAUCACGGUGCUGAGCCAGUGCGACAGUCCUUAUGUUACAAAGUAUUAUGGCUCAUAUCUGAAGGGAACAAAGCUGUGGAUUAUCAUGGAGUAUUUAGGUGGAGGAUCUGCUCUGGAUCUACUGCGUCCAGGGCCUCUUGAAGAAACUUACAUUGCUACUAUACUGAGGGAAAUACUAAAGGGGCUGGAGUAUCUGCACUCUGAAAGGAAGAUUCACAGAGAUAUCAAAGCUGCCAAUGUGCUCUUGUCAGAGCAGGGUGAUGUGAAGCUAGCAGAUUUUGGGGUGGCGGGACAGCUGACAGACACUCAGAUCAAGAGGAACACAUUUGUCGGCACGCCUUUCUGGAUGGCCCCAGAGGUCAUUAAGCAGUCAGCCUACGACUUUAAGGCUGAUAUCUGGUCUCUGGGCAUCACCGCCAUUGAGUUGGCCAAAGGGGAACCCCCCAACUCUGAUCUACACCCCAUGAGAGUCCUCUUCCUAAUCCCCAAAAACACUCCACCCACAUUGGAAGGCCCUUACAGCAAACCCUUUAAAGAAUUUGUAGAGGCUUGUCUAAAUAAAGACCCCCGUUUUAGGCCAACAGCCAAAGAGCUUCUGAAACACAAGUUUAUCACACGUUACACCAAGAAGACAGCUUAUUUGACAGAGCUGAUUGACCGCUACCGCCGCUGGAAAUCAGAGGGACACGGGGAGGAGUCCAGCUCUGACGACUCGGACAUGGAUGCUGAUGGUGACGUAGAUCAGUGUCCCAUGUGGACCUUCCCCACAGUCAGGCCCACCUCUAUGAACAAGUUACAGAAGGGCUACACGCACACAGAUUCAGAGUCAGGAGAUUCUGUGAAAAGGCAACCAAAGUCACAGUGCUUGUCUGCUUUGGUAACACCCACCUUCAGAGAGUUGAAGGAGAAGCGGCGGGCAAGUGGCGGCGGAGUAGGAGCCAUUGAGGAACUGGAGAAUGCCUUCAACCUGGCAGAGGAGUCCUGUCCGGGCAUCUCUGACCGUCUCGUUACACAUGUGAUGGAAAGAGUGUGCAGGUUUUCUUUAAAUGGUAACACCACCCCGUCUUCGCGGUGAAAGCCCUGCUGGAUGUAACGUGACCCUUCGACCCUUUUUCAGUCCCCCUCCCCCCCAAAUCCACGCAGCUUCUCAGAUAAGGACCACAGACGAAUCCCCACCCACCUCCAUCCCCUCAUACCUGUACACCCUUCCAAGUCCAGCCCCUGAAGAGAUCUUUUAAUUAGUUAUAAUUAAAUAUUUUUACAGUUUUUCUUUAUGAGCGGAGAGUAUUUAAGACAAAAAAGCCAUGACAGUUAGAGCGUUGUGUAUACCUGUUAGUGGAAAAAAAACAACUAUAAUAAAGUCUAUGGAAAAUGUUCCAUUA